AUGUGCCCUGGGGCGCCGGUCGCGGCGGCGGCGUCGGACAAGAGCGUGUGCGUGAUGGACGCGUCCGGCCCGCUGGGCCACGCGCUCGUGCACCGCCUCCUCCGCCGGGGCUAUACCGUCCACGCCGCCACCUACGACCACUCGCUCGACGAGCUGCUCGCCGCCGCCGGCCACGACGAGGACCGGCUCAAGCUCUUCCGCGCCGACCCCUUCGACUACCACACCAUCGCCGACGCUGUCCGUGGCUGCUCCGGCCUCUUCUGCAUGUUCAACACCCACGAGGACCAGGCCGGCUGCGACGAGUUGAUGGUGGAGGUGGAGGUCCGGGCGGCGCAGAACGUGCUGGAGGCGUGCGCGCAGACGGUGACCAUGGAGCGGGUGGUCUUCACCUCCUCCGUCACCGCCGUCGUCUGGAAGGACGACGACCACAAGCCCGUCGACGCCUUCGACGAGAGGAACUGGAGCGACCUCAACCUCUGCAGGAAACGCAAGUUGUGGCACGCUCUGGCCAAGACGCUGUCGGAGAAGACGGCCUGGGCCUUGGCCAUGGACAGAGGGGUGGACAUGGUGGCCAUCAACGCCGGCUUGCUCACGGGGCCGGGGCUCUCCUCCGCCCACCCCUGCCUCAAGGGGGUCCCGGAGAUGUACGAGCACGGCGUCCUCGUUACCGUCGACGCCGACUUCCUAGCCGACGCCCACGUGGCCGCCUACGAGUGCCCCACGGCGUUCGGCCGCUACCUCUGCUUCAACAACGUCGUGUGCCGGCCCGAGGACGCCCUCCAGUUUGCCCAGAUGCUCACCCCGUCCGCUCCAUGCUACCCGCCAAGUGACGAGCUGAAGGUUAUCCCGCAGAGGAUUCAGAACAAGAAGCUGAACAACCUCAUGGUGGAGUUUGCCAGUGCCAUAUACGGGGACUUGGAUUAG